CAGGGACCAGGAGGGGUGGGGGGGGCGAAAGGAAGGGCGGGCCCUCAGGUGACGCAGAUUGGCCCUCCAGAGAAGGGGCGGCCCCUUCUCAGGUGCCGUCACCCCCAAACCUCAGCACUGCCAUUCCAGGUCCUUAAAGGGGAGACCGCGAUUCUAAGAAGGUAGCCCAGUGCCGGGGCGUGGCCUCAUUCUGAGGUUCCCCACAAAUCCGAGGUCCCGACUCCCAGCUUGAGGAGCAGCCAAGCCCAGGGCCGGCCUGAAGCCCCCGGACGGCAGUGCCCAGCAGGCAGCGCCCAGCACCCUGGCUCCCACCUCCCAGUGGCCCCAAAGGAAAACAGCUGCCAUGCACAUCCCCAAAAGCCUCCAGGAGCUGGCCAACAGCGAAGCCGUGCAGUUUCUGAGAAGGCCCAAGACCAUCACGCGGGUCUUCGAAGGGGUCUUCUCCCUGAUCGUCUUCUCCUCCCUGCUGACCGACGGCUACCAGAACAAGAUGGAGUCUCCGCAGCUCCACUGCAUUCUCAACAGCAACAGCGUGGCCUGCAGCUUUGCCGUGGGAGCCGGUUUCCUGGCCUUCCUCAGCUGCCUGGCCUUCCUCGUCCUGGACACACAGGAGACCCGCAUUGCCGACACCCGCUUCAAGACAGCCUUCCAGCUCCUGGACUUCAUCCUGGCUGUUCUCUGGGCAGUUGUCUGGUUCAUGGGUUUCUGCUUCCUGGCCAACCAAUGGCAGCAUUCGCCGCCCAAAGAGUUCCUCCUGGGGAGCAGCAGUGCCCAGGCGGCCAUCGCCUUCACCUUCUUCUCCAUCCUUGUCUGGAUAUUCCAGGCCUACCUGGCAUUCCAGGACCUCCGAAAUGAUGCUCCAGUCCCUUACAAGCGCUCCCUGGAUGAGGGCAGCAUGGUGCUGACCACCCUCCCCUUGCCCUCUGCCAACAGCCCUGUGAACAUGCCCACCACUGGCCCCAACAGCCUGAGUUAUGCUAGCUCUGCCCUGUCCCCCUGUCUGACCGCUCCAAAGGCCCCCCGGCUCGCUAUGAUGCCUGACAACUAAAUAUCCUUAUCCAAAUCAAUAAAGAGAGAAUCCUCCCUCCAGAAGGGUUUCUAAAAACA